GUAGCUAAAGGAGGAAGCAAAAAGGUCUUAGAAGAGGCAGCAACGGUAGACUUGGAAAUAACAGAAAUAAACAAGUUAACAGCGGAAGUUAUCCAGACUCCUUUAAAAAUCAUCAAGAAAGCUGAAAAAUCUAAACAGGGUAUUGAAGCUAUUGAAGAAGAAGCAGAGUCUCCUUUACACCCUCAAGCAAAGAAGACAAAACAUGAUAACCAAUCUCUUGCAGAACUAGAAGCUGAAAAUAUUAAUCCGAGAACUGGGAAGGUGAAGGCAUCCACCAAAAAAGUGCCUGUGACCAAGAGCAGAAGAGCUCCUUCAACAAGAGUGAAACGCAUAAGUAAAAGAUCAAGCAGAAACAACUUUAUCACUCCAGCUACUGGUAGAAUUGUUGAUGUCUGCACUCGGGGAGGUACUUCCAUUGUCACACCCAAGUUUGAUUCCAGAAUUUUCAAGACACCAGGUUUGCGCACGCCUGCACUCAACGAACGUGUUUACACCAUCUCUGCCAAUGGCAGCCCCCUUGCUGACAGCAAUGAUAUCUUCAUUACAGUCCCUGUUGGAGGAGGGGAGAGUAUUCGUUUAACAGCAAGUGAUUUGACCAAGAAAAAUCUUCUUCAUCUGAAUCCAGAGGCUCAAGGAAUUAUGAAGAAGCUAUCAGUUCGUCUCGCACAAGCAUGCAGCGGUGCAAAGACACAUAGAUGAAACUUGAUGAAUGUUGAUAUCCCUCUGUAAAUAUGGAACGUUGCAUUUAGGACUGCUAACUUUAGUUCUUCUAAUUUGUUUCUUCCUUCCAUUAAUUUACAGAAUGGAA